CUGGCGGUGCACUUCUCAUCGCGCUUCAACAGAAAGCCCCACCCCAACAGCGCGCUCGAGAGAAUGAUGCACACGGAGUGGCAGAGGCGCAAGGCGCAUCAGCCAUCCCUCUACAACGGAUCCAAGUUCAGAUAUGGCGGGUUCUCGUUGCAGCCCCCGUCCUCCACCGCCUCUCCGUCUGCUGCUGUGGCAUCGGAAGCGGCAGAAGCGGUGGAGCAAGGUGUGCAGGGAACCCCACUUGUGCGGCCCCGUGUGUGUCUGCACCUGGGCCUCACGGAUUACAAGAGCCUCAUCACAACCAACCUCUGCUCCGACUGGCAAAGCUUCCUCGCACCUCCCCUCUCAGGCAGCGCUCCUGCCAAGCGCCUCAGAACAGGCGAGGGGCCGGGAAUGGGGACAGGAGCAGACGCAGCAGCUGGUGAAGGGGAGAGCGGUGAUGGAGCAUGCAAGGGGGCCGGAAUGGAAGAGGGUUCCAGGCAGUGUGGGGCUGGCAGGGAAGCUCGGUUCUCUGAGAUGGCGCAGGAUGGAGAUGGCGAUGCUGCUGCUGCCACUGCUUCCGCUGCUGCUACUGCUACCACUGUCACUGUUCCCACUGCUGCUACUGAGUCCCAAGAGUGUCCCCAUCUCAAAGAAACUGGUGACCGCAUGGCUCCAUGUGCCACGUGUCAGCAGGCCAUAGGCCAGCGCGACGCGCAAGCGUGCCAGCACAUGGGGGACGCGCUGGGGAAUGCGGCGCUGGUGGUGACGGCUGAUGGCUGCUUCCUGCUGCUGCAGCGAGGCACGGCUGUGGGCGAAUUCCCAAACUGCCCGGUUUUUCCUGGGGGACACCCAGAGCCAUCAGAGGCAGGAAUCUCAACCACACCAACGUCACCCCCUUCCCAACAUUCCCCUGCCAACCCCCAAUCCUCCACCACCCCUGAAACCCCCCACGCCUCCCCUCCGCUCUUUCCUACCGACUCCUCCUCAUCGCCCUCACUGCUCAACCUCACCAUCGCGCAUGAGAUGUUUGAAGGCAUGAAGCGAGAGGUGGAGGAGGAGACAGGCGCCCCUGCUGACUCGCUGCAUGGCAUGCUCUUCCUGGGGCUGUGCAGGCGCAGGGAGAACGUGAGGUCCCUCGCCAUGUUUCUCUGCCACACCUCCCUCACGGCACCAGAGGUGCUCUCUCGCUACGCCUCUGCAGAGCACAAGUUCGAAUCCACCAGCCUCAGGGCCGUGCCACUG